AUGCAUGGCUUUUAUGAACUGACCAAUUGUGUCACAGGUAGCUCAGUUCUGGAACAAGACAAGUGGGUGUUCUGCCCCCCCCCCCAUAAAUCCUGGUUACACCUAUGCUAUGAGAUGAGUUUAAGUGUUUGUGUGAACAUAAGGAGACUUGCAAAAAGCACUCUGAAGGCCUAUCUAAUACAACAUCCUGGCCUCACUAAAGCCAACAAGUUGCCUAUGGGAAGCUCAAAGUACGACCAGAGUGCCAACGUGCUCUCCUCCCUUGUAGAUUUUAGGCAACAACAUUUUAACACCUGUGACCAGUGA